GAACCCAGUUCCACCCAACAGCUCACCACAGAGAGACUAUUUCCAGCUAUGAGGGGUGGACAAGCCACAGUGCAAACAAGUUCCUUUCAGCUCCCACAUGAGGUUCCUGCUUCAGUCCAUGUGACCGGACAAUUAGUGAGAAAAGAUAUGUAUUAAAGACUGAAGAUAUAAAGACGGACGCUUCAAAAGAUCAGACAUUUUCUUCUAAACAUCAGUAAUGAGUGAAGUUGUUUAUUCAGAUUUGCGAUUCCAGCAUCCCUCUCAGCAACAGAACAAUCAAGAACUUGAAACACGUAAAAAAAAUGCUCCAUCAGAUUGUGUGAAUGAAGUCAAUCAGAACUCAUUUAAUGCAGAAGGACAUCCAGCAAAUAUCUCCUACAACAAGGAAGCAAAUAAAACAGAGUGGAAAUAUCCUACUUGUUCAAAGGACUGGCACCAGCUUGGACAAAACUGCUAUCAUUUCUCAAAAAGCAAAUAUCUCUGGAAAGAAUGUGAUGGUUAUUGCACAAAUUUAAUGUCAACAUUUAUUAAAGUGGAUACUACAGAUGAGAUGGAUUUUUUGUUGAAAUUGGUGAAGAUGCAAAGUUCUCAAGAAUGA